AUGGAGCCGGCCGGCCUGGCAGUUGGUCUCCUUGGCUUGGCUGGGCUCUUCAACACGUGCCUGGAAGUAGUAAACAAGUACGACUCGUGGAAGGGCUUUGGUGCUGACCUGCGUUCUCUGACGGCACAAUUCGAGACACAGAAAAUCCGCCUGGAACGAUGGGGCGAGGUAGUUGGCAUUCAACUCGAUGGCCUAUCGGACCAGCAUCACGAACUACUCGACGAUCCCCUGAUUUUGUCGAAUGUCAAGGAUGUUCUGUUGUCUAUUAAGGAUACUUGUGGCCUUGAAAGUAAUGUCGGUCCAACAACUGCGUCUGGAAAGCAUGAUCACACAGGUGCACCGCGUGGGCUGAGAAGACAGAGGCUCAAUUGGGCGUUACGGAAUAAGGAAAAAUGGAUCGCGCAGGUUGCUCAAUUUUCAUCCAUGGUAGAUGGCCUACAUAACAUGGUACCAGUAGAGCGAGGAAGUGGAUUGAGCCACGUUUUGACGGAUCAGGCGCCUUGGCUGCUCGAUAUAAAGCAAGUGCUAGCCGGAAUAGAACAGGAAAAAGAAGUCGAGAGAAGACGCGAUAUACGGGCAUGGCUGUUAGGUGACCACCGCCAGAGCGAGAUUUAUGAGGUAUAUGUCAACAGGAGCGUCCAAGGGUCCUGUGAAUGGGUCUUAGACCGUCCCUGGUUCCGGGAGUGGUCCUCAAGCGACUUCCCCUCGGGGUCAGCCAAGUAUCUGUGGAUAAAUGGCCCUGCUGGCUUUGGGAAAUCCAUAUUGUGCGCCAAAGUCAUUCAACAUCUGAUUGUCAGUCUGGAUACGCCAGUGGCAUACUUUCUUUGCGAUUCCGAGACCCGAGACCCCUUCGUGGCGGUACGAUUCUGGCUAUUCCAGCUCUUGUCUCGCCAAAGGGUAUUCGCAAUAGUCCGUGGGAAAUGGGAAACAACGGAAGCACAGAGUGCAACGCGCGGGGACAUUUUCAUCCUUCUCCAGGAGAUCGUCUCGACAGUUCCCGGAUGCACGCUUGUACUGGAUGGACUGGAUGAAUGCGACUUCGCGAAAGGAUCCUGGCCAGGAAGCGCGGACGACUCUAUCCCUAAAUUUCUUGAAUCAUUGCGUCAGGCAACCACAGGCACAUCUACCCGCCUUUUGAUCAUGAGCCGCAACGAACCUGAAAUACGAUAUGGCUUGUUGGACGGCGGUCCUGACGAUGAUGUAUAUGAGCAUCAGAUCACCCCCGAUGAUGUCCGAGAUGAUGUGGUAGCGUACUCUCGAAGCGUUGUCAACGAAAAGCUGUCCAAGAAGCCAGGUUCAAUCAAAGAUGGCAUUACGCAGCGGCUCGCUAAAGGCUGCAAUGGACAGUUUCUAUGGGUCAGAUUGCAGAAAGAGACUCUGCGCAGCGGCAAGAGUGAAAGGCAACUCCAGGAAGCCAUUAGUUCCACGCCACCUGGGAUUGAACAUUUCUACGAACGGAACUGGAAGAAGAUAAUGAAUCUACCUGACGCAGAUAGAGCUCGUGCUUUCUCUAUCCUGCACUGGACAAGUUUUAGUGUACGGCCACUGACAGUGAGCGAGAUAUCUGGGGCGCUAGUUGUCGGUGAUGAUAGUGAAGAACUGCAGCUUGAUGAUGUACCAGAUAGCAUCGAUGAGGACUACGUCAGCACCGAGAUAACAGAGCUCUGUGGAUCCCUAUUGGAAUUAAGAGACCCUCAGGGCAACGGAGAUCCAAGGUACAAGACAUUACACUUGACACAUUUCUCAGUGAAGGAGUACUUGCUCCGCAAUAUUCCCACUCAGCGUAGGGUUCUGCAGCUCAAUGCGUCGCUUACCCAGUCAACUGACGCCAUCGAGAGUAUGGUGCUCGCGAGAAAAUGCCUUCGCUUUGUGAACUGUAAAGAAGCUUGGCCCGGGACCGUUACCCUGGAGGCUGAGGGUGUUUUAGGCGCUUUCCGAGCAUAUGCAGCAGGGUCCUGGUACCAAAAGGCUAUGCUACGAGAUAUUAGCGACUCUGAAUUGGUGAAUUGCAUCAACAGAUUGUUUAAUCCGCUUAACCCGAACUGGACUCCGUGGAAGACUUGGUUUGACCUGAACUUCUACAGGGAGCAGAGCCAGCCUACACCACGCGGAGCGGAAACUGCCAGCCCGUUGUGCUAUGCUGCUCGGCUUGGGCUCGAAAAGACCGUAAAGUAUUUGAUCCGUGAGGUGAAGUGUGACGUGGAUUCCAGAGGCUAUUAUGGAGAGACACCUCUCGUAGCAGCCAGUACAGAAGGGGAUUUGGAAAUUGUCACAGCUCUACUCGAACAAGGGGCUGACCCGUCACUGGCAGAUAUGGACGGCCAAACACCUUUAAAUCUCGCCUCGUACUAUGGCCACACGGAGGUAGUCAAGCUACUUAUUGAGUUUGAUGCAGAAGUUAAUAUCGACACAAACCAUGGCCAGAGUCCAAAUAAUAUCGUAAACAUCUCUCAUAGAGGCGGAUGGACACCAAUUUACUCAGCAGCCUACAUGGGCCAUACUGAAGUAGUUAGGGCACUUCUUCAGUAUGGUGCGGAUAUCAACACUGCAUGUUAUGAUGGUUGGAGACCGAUUAUUGCAGCUGCUGAACAUGGCCGUAUUGAAGUCGUUAAGAUCCUUCUUCAGCACGGGGCAGACGUCAACAUUGCAACAAAUAAUGGAUGGACACCCAUUAAUGCCGCCGCCAGCCGCGGCCAUACUGAGGUGGCCAAUUUGCUUCUCGACUAUGGUGCAAAUGUUGACACACCAGAUAGCACUGGAACUACUCCCCUGGUGGCCGCCUUGCUCGCAAACAAUUCUGACAUGGCCAAGCUGUUGCUUUAUUGGGGUGCGGACAGUACUGUAAAGGAUUCUUUCGGUCGUACACCAGUCAUGUAUGCGUCAUGGAAUGGUGAUCCUCAGAUUAUGGAACUACUUCAGCAAAACGGUGCAAAUCCCGCAGAUGCCAGUGAGACAGGGGAAACUGCAUUGCAUUUCGCCGCGUACGCUGGCCGAAUCAAGUCGGCUGAGAUACUCCUCCGAUCAUCACUCGUGAACGUUGACGCCCUGGAUCGAGCCAAUCGAACACCACUCUUUACUGCUGCUUCCCGUGGCCAUCUCAGUAUGGUUGACACCCUCCUUUCGCACAAUGCCAAUCCAAACCAUACGGAUAGCUACGGUUCGAUGCCCCUAUCUGUGGCGGUCAGAAAUGGCCGUGUAGAUGUUGUCAAACAGUUGAUCAUGCUUACCGAGGACCCUGUCAACCGUAAAGACGGAUUCGGGAGGACCUUGCUUUGGUGGGCUUCGAAAGUCGGAGAAACCAAAAUCAUGGAAAUUCUGCGUGACUGGGCCCGGGACAAUGGAAUAAAGUCCGAUGAUAUUGAUUUCAGUGUGGAAACAUCUACCCUUCCUUUGGCCGAACCAGAUAUUAAGAAGAUCUGUGAUGUGUGCACGCGAGAUAUCCUCACUGAUGACCCUUACCACAGCUGCGAAACUUGCUUUGAUUUUGAUGUUUGCGUUGAGUGCUUCGAGAUGGGCAUGCGCUGCCUGAGUUCGUCUCACCAAUGGACCUACCAUCAGUCAGAGGGACAGGUUUAA